GCCUGCGCCGCACGCUGCUGCAAGGGACCUGGCUCUGACGCCGCCGACCGCCCACCUUGUCCUGUCCUGUCUCAUCCGGGCUCCACUUCCGAGUCCCCCCAAGUUCCAACGCCCACACGAGCACCGCUUCGCUGCGCUUGCCCUUCGUCUUCGAUACGCAAGUUCCCAUCAAAGAUCAGUGCAUGUUCGAUCUGCCAAUGCCGCCGCACUCGCUUGCUUGUCUCGAUCUCACCGGCUGAUUUCCCCCGUGCUGCGCUGCCGGCUCCGGCGAUUGGUUCUGGUGGUCCCCUCUGGAGCGUGCGCGCGGUGGCGGCGGCCAUGCGGCGGUGCGGAGGCGGCGCCCCCGGGCGGCGGAGCUCUGGCGGUUCCACCUGUUGCUCCGGCGAAAUCGAUUGGAUUACAGACGAGCGUGGUGAACUCCUAAGGCCUUCUAAACAUCUCAAUGACGCAGAACAUAAAAGGACAGCUGAGUGCCUGCCCCACAAGAAAGGUAAUAAGCUCAAGAGGGUCUGCAGGUGGUCUCAAGAGGAAAAUGGUAAUCUAAUUCGAAUGGUAAACCUUCACAGCUCAAAAAGUUGGUCAACUGUUGCACGCAGUAUACCUGGUCGAAGUCCAAACCAAUGUCGAGACAGAUGGAUGUUUUAUCUUGACCCUGCUGUGAACAACCAGCCAUGGUCAGAACAUGAGGACAUCAAACUAAUCCAAGCUCAUAAAAUUCAUGGAAGCAAAUGGUCUAAACUGGCUAAACUUUUUCCUGGGAGAACAGGGAAAGCAGUUAAGAAUCACUGGCCUAGUCUUAUGAGGAAACAAAUGAAGUCAGAUUUAGUCAGCGGAUUGCCUGAGCAAUUUCUAUAUAUGCCUAAUGAUCCAUCGGUUACAAAGAAUAAAGGCUCCAGUACCAUUCAGAGUGAUGAAGAUUCAUCCACAAAUAUUCAUGUUUCAUCAGAUUUGGCAGUAAGACCAAAAUCAGAACAAGGACUUGCAGAAAAUGGUAGAAACGAGAGUACUUUGAAAGGGAAAAGUUACGAUUCUAUGCAUGGUAAUGGAUCUGUUUCUCAUUCAGUCAAUGUCUCUGAAAAGGUGGACGGGCAGAUAGCUACAUCUAAUUCUUUGAGUUCUAUGGAUCAGAAGGCCACUUCUGCCACCGCGAGUUUUCCUGGGUCCCUGCCAAAAGAGGAAUCAACAAAUUUUCUGGAAGUUACACCUAACAGAGGGUUAUCUACAAUGUAUAAUCACCUAUCUAAUGAUUAUUUUGAUGGCAUGUGCAGUAGUGCUGAUCCAGAGUCACAGGGGCUACAUCUGUCAAGUAUAGCAGAUCUUCUUGACAUGCCAUAUUGCAAGAGCUUGAUGAUUGUUUCACCUGAUUCUCCAAAUCACGGAAAUUACACAGAUGGAAUGUGAUAUUUACUUCAAAGUUCUCCAGUGACUGCACCUGCACUAGCUGUAGAAUAAGCAACAGUCUCUGCUCCUUAGCCUUAAAAUUCUUGUAACAUGUCUUCAACUAACAAAUUGGUCCUUGUACCUGUAAAUCCUCUUCUUCUUUAGUUGCAGAAAGCUGGUCUUUGUGUCAGAGACUCAGAAAGAAGCAAGGAUUUAAUUCUUGUA